AUGGAAAUAGCCUUCCCGGAUAGACCUCCAUUACCAUCAGCAGUCAAAUGCAAAACUGUAGACCUUAAAGAAAUUGAUGAUAGAAUCUCACUAGAUCAAGAAUCAGAUACUUGGAUAUUUGAACAUCAAGAUCAAGAAUAUCAAUAUGAUUAUAAUCAGGAUAAAUGGAUUCAAAAAUCACGAAAACAUAAACGUACGGAAGAAGAUGAGGAUGACGAGGAUGAGAAAUUGAAUAAACAAGAUAUAAAAAAACAUAAGAAGGAACAAAUGUCGAUCCUAAAACAGCGAUUGGCUAAAUUGAAACAAGAACAUAAACAAGGUAGUACACAACCGCUGAAAGAGGGUGAAGAAACGAAGAAUAAGAAUCACGCGGUCUUUAUAUCGAAUUUACCAUUAGACAGUACCGAAGAACAGAUAAUUGAACAGUUUAGUAAAUAUGGAUUAAUCUCGGAGGAUUUCAAAACUGGUAAACCAAGAGUUAAACUAUAUUAUCAAGAUGAUGGGAAGUUCAAAGGGGAGGCAUUGGUGAUAUAUCAUAAUCCUGAAAGUGUCACUAUGGCAAUUGAAAUGGCCGAUGGAACUCAUUUUGGUACUGAAUUGAAUGAAAAGAUUUCUGUUCAGCCUGCUUCAUUUAAGAAUAAUGAUAAGAAGAAGGAAGCAGAUGAUGCUGAGAUUAAGAACAAGAGAAAGGAAAUAAAUAAGGCUAGACAAAAGACGAAUAAGAAGCUUACAUCUUGGGAAUCAGACGAAGAGCAGGAAGGAGAAGUCGUAAGAUAUGAAAAUACUUUAAACAACAUUAAGCAGAAAAUUUUACUUAAAAAAUUAAUUGUAUCAUUAAAAGGAAUGUUUCGAAAACAAGAAUAUCAAACUGAUAAAUAUUUACAAUCAGAUAUUACAGAAGAUAUUAAAGAUGAAUGUCUGAAAUUAAACAUUGAACAAGAUAUAAAAACCAUAGAGUUUAAUCCCGAUAACGAAGAAAUUAAUCUUUUCAUAAUCGAUAUUUUGAUGGCUUACAAAUAUCAGCAUCAUUAG